AGCGGUAGUGGCUGUCUUUUACAAAUGGCGGCUUAGGUAGAAGCACGCUGUUUCCUUUAAUCGGCAGAUUUUUCAUUAACGAUUUUUGUGUAUAUAUAGUAAAUAUUUAACGUUUUUGCGUGAGAAUUGAUACCGAAUGAAACAUUAGAGUAUUGUACAGAGAAAAAAGCAAAAUUAUUAAAAUUCUUAGCCAUAAAAUCGAGAAAAAUGGGAAACGUACUGGCAGCCUCUGUACCUCCUCCACCUUCGCCGCCACCUCCAACCUCAGGUUUACUACCAAAUUUAGAAAAACCAGAUUCUUCCGAGUCACUGCAGUCGUCUAACAAAUUUUCCGACGGUUUGAAAAAUCCUGGUACAAUCGAGGAUCUUCAUAAGAAAUGUAAAGAUGUAUUUCCCGCAAACUUUGAGGGUGCGAAGCUGAUGUUUAAUAAAGGUCUUAGUAAUCAUUUCCAAAUAUCACAUACGAUAAGCAUGAGUUCCAUUGCACAAUCUGGAUAUAGGUUUGGUGCAACUUAUGUUGGUACUCAGCAACCAGUACCUUCGGAAGCUUAUCCAGUGUUAUUGGGUGAUAUCGAUCCAACUGGGAAUCUUAAUGCUAAUAUUAUUCAUCAGUUUGGCGAAAGGUUAAGAGGAAAAUUAGCUACUCAAGUACACAAAAGUAAAUUUACUGCUGUUCAAAUGACAACGGAUUAUCGUGGUGACGCGUAUACAGUCUCUUUGACUUUGGGUAAUCCGGACAUACUUAAUGGUUCUGGCGUUUUCGUAAUGCAUUAUCUUCAAAGCAUAACUCCAUCUGUCGCGUUGGGUGGAGAACUCGCUUGUCAACGAGGGCCUGCUGUACCAGGAGGUCAAGUCGCUGUUCUCUCAGCCGCUGGAAGGUAUACGAACGGAGACUCUACAAUUAGUGGUAGUUUAGGUUUAUCUGGAUGUCAUUUGUGUUUCCAUCAAAAAGCUAGUCAGCAGCUGCAAGUUGGUGUAGAAUUGGAAAUUAAUUGCCGAAUACAAGAAUCUACCGGAGCUAUUGCUUACCAAGUCGAUUUACCCAAAGCUGAUUUAAUAUUUAGAGGAACUAUAGAUACGAAUUGGACAGUGGGUGCUGUUUUGGAGAAAAAAUUACAACCAUUACCAUUUACAUUUGCUUUAAGUGGUAUGAUAAAUCAUAGUAAGCCGCAGUUUAGACUGGGUUGUGGAUUGAUAAUUGGUUAAGAGUAGCACGUAGAAGAGUGCGAAUCGCAUACAUAAUCUAGUUAAAUGUCAGGAAGGAAAACAAUGGAGUACCACAGCUUUUGAGGAUUCUACUCAAAAGAAACUUGUAACUAAUAUCGACAAUUGAUGAAUAUCCAACCUGAUUCCCUUCUAUUUGUUGAUUACCUCAUCUGCUCGGCAUCGUGUUUAUAUAAGAUCGUUUUUGUUUGUUUAUUUUUUAUUAAAGAAACACCGUAUCAACAGGUUUUCCUAAUUGUGUAUGUUUCUUCACUUUAAGGCAUGCUGUCUUCAUUAUUCCCUUUAUACAUGAUUUGUCGGGGUUGAUCAAUGUGUUCAAUCGUUCGUCGACCGAGAGUUGUGGCUUGUAAAUUUUCCGAGAUAAGUGACAUUCGAUAAAAGACGUAAAGUAUGUGACGAUCUCAUCGCGAUCAUGUCUGUUCUCCGAAUAUAAAGAAACGCGCUUGUACAGUAACGUGAACGAUACUGUCAGCAUUUUUUAUUUUCGAAAAUACACAUGUAUUCUGUUAUACGCAUACGCAACAGGAUUAAUUCAGAGGUCAUAGAAAGAUAUAUAAUCGUUCAUAGUAGAAAAAGGUGUAUUAAACGAAAAAUUUCUUUGGAAUCGAACAGAAUUAUAUAAAAGUAUAAUAAAUUUUAUGUUAUAGGAAGAAACUAUUUUUAAUAUGUUAUUUAUUGUAAUUUGUAGAACUCUUAUUCGAGGAAAAACCUUUAUAUCUCGAGUAAAUUCUACGCUCAGAUAUACGUGUAUGUAUUGCAAUUUAUCGACUCGUUAUUCAGUUUUCUUUGAUUCAAUAAUUCUAUCCAUACCGGUAGAGAGCGUGUAAGUACAACGUAAACUAAAGCAAAAGAAUAAAUAGUAUACAAGCAUCGUUGUGGAACACGAGCUCCGUAGAAAUAUCGACUUAAAUACCGAGCAGUAUUAUCAAUUGGUUACGAUACACUUUGUUCUUGCUUUGCCGUGCUUACGUAUACUGAUGCAAAUACGUUUGGAAAAAUAAAGCAGCGCGCACUCAUAUCGUUUAACGAUGUUGACCUUUGACUCUCUAAUCGCCCAUCUUUAUUUUAAGCUAAUAACACGAGUUGUUCUCAUAUUGAACAAAAAAUACAACCGUAAUACGGUAACAGUAAUAUUUUGCUCGUUUACUCGACAGUUUGGGGAUAGCAAAUAGAAGAAUGGGGAAGGGUGGGAGGGAGGGAGGGAGGGAGAGAGAGAGAGAGAGAGAGAGAGAAAAGAAGAAACAUCUAUGAGCGGAUUCAUUGAUUAAGAACACGCUAAGAUUUGAAAUGAAAUUGUCAUGUAACGUAUCGUUUAUCGAGAUUUGGACGUAGAAUUGUCGAUGAAACGUACAUUCUCGCGAUAACCGAUCAAGAUUUUCUUACGCUAAAGAUUUAUAUUUAUCUGAGUAAUAGCAUAAGUAUACACGCGCAUAUAUAUAUAUAUAUAUAUAUAUGCACACUAUACUAGCUUAAGAAAAAAAUGUAGGCUAAACUUAAGAAUAACAAUGAAUUUCCGCUGUUGCGAAUCGUCUUAGCCUAUUUAUUCGUGUCGCAAACUGGUUUGUAUAAAUGGAGUUAAGCUUGCGUGGAGAUGUUGAUUGUUUCUCGACGAAUACAAUAAGCGAUCAGCAGAAAAGUUAAGAGAGGCUGGCAACACGAGCUUAGCCGUGUACAGCGCGGUAUGGAGUUUAAGAGCACGACUAAACCAAGUGCAUGCGUAACUUUCAUUUUUCCGUUCAGCGAAUUUUUUUAUGAACUAUGAAAUAUGAAAUAUCGCGCAUUAUUCGCUAGAAGUGCAUCACUACCUGAAUUCAUGUUUUCUGGUUGUAGCGUGUUAUAUGUAUAGGGAGGAUGAAUUGGAUUAGUACCCAUUGAUCCAUAUGAUUGAUCUUGCCAAAGACGGAUGAAUGAACAUGAUUGUCCUUGAGUUUCGGUAUACAUGCAUAGCUUCCGGUAACGCGUUAUCGAAUCGUGACCGAGCAAAGCAAAGAGAGUACGAUCAACACUUGCAGAAACAGUCUAUAGGACAAUACGUAUUUCACUGAAGGAAUGGAGUAUCGUAAAACCCACGAAUGUAUAGACUAUAAGGGUCAUAAGACAACGUGAGUCAUUUUUACAAACAAUGAACACCGAAAUUGCUAAAAGAUGGUCGUGUUUUUUUUCUAUAUAUGUACAGUACCUAUAUAUACAUUUAAUAUAUAUGCAAACUUACAUAGUCAUUUGUAUUGUUAUCAUCGGUCGGUUGUUGUUGAAAUUUUGGAAAGAUUUGGAAAGACCGUUGAAAAGGUGUUUAUGGGUAAUUUGGUUAUGUAAAGCACGUAAGCUAGGUUCAAGGAAAAAAGAAGCUCCAUGAGUCACUUGAAAGAUUCAUAUCGAAGGGAAAACUUAUGUCAAUGAGUAACCGACGUCGACUAUUUUGUGAAUCUUCGUAUUGUUACGUAUUCUUGUUACGUAUUUGCGCGCGUUGGUUAGACGUGCAACUCGUCUAAAUAUUUCAUUGAAAUACUAGUCGAAGGGCAUUCGAGGAAUAUUAAUUCGAUUGCUGUGUAUUAUUUGUAGCACGACGAGAUUAAUAAUUGAGGUUGAGAGGGCAGCAGCGUAAACUAAUUAGACACACAAAGGCACAAAGGUAGAUGGAUGGGGUGGAGGUAUCGUGGAUCGAGAGAAGGAGAAGAAGGGGAAGGAAAAAAGAGGGUAAAAGAGUAGGAGGGAAACCGGCAGGGAUAAUGAUAAGGAGAACGAGGAGUUGACGAAGGGGCGAGGUAAUGGAGGAGAAGCAGCGACUAUAUAUGUUUAUUGGUAUACGUUUGCAUAUAUGUACGUAUAUACGCGUACGAUUGAUAAGAAAAACACGUUGGAAAAGAAAGGAAGCGGCGCAUGCGCUUUUCGCGAGGAUCGACGUGUGUCAUGGAACGCGAACGUGCACGAGGCGCGUAUACGAACAGCGUCGAUCCAAAUCGAUCAACGACGAUGCGAUCGAAUUGAUGGUGUGCAGUUUUCCUUGGUGCUAUUCGCGAUAUCCCCACCGUUGAAUGCGAACAAGUUGUCGAUCGCAGGGGAAUCGGGGCUUCCCCGGUUAGGCCAAAACUUAGUCCUUUCGAGCCUUAGUAUUUGCCGUCAGCUUUCUUAUUCUUUUCGAAAAUUUGUUCAUCUUGGUCGCCUCGUUUCCUUCGAAAUUGAAACGCAACGCAUUCGGAUUCGUGCCUGGCUGACACGCGCAAUCCGAUUCGACUCAAGUCGAUCAAGACUCGAUUCGAUUAGAUCCAACUCGAUACGAUCCAAUCCGAUUGGAUCGAACACCAUUAGGCUGAAUCGAUUUAACUCCAUCCGAUUUGAUUCGACCAUCCACAGAGUUCUAUUUCUCUCUCUCUCUCUCUCUCUCUCUCUCUCUCUCUCUCUCUCUCUCUCUCUCUCUCUCUCUCUCUCUCUCUCUCUCUCUCUCUCUCUCUCUCUCUCUCUCUCUCUCUCUCUCUCUCUCUCUCUCUCUCUCUCUCUCUCUCUCUCUCCUUCACACACACACACACACACACACACACACACACACACACACACACACACACACACACACACACACACACACACACACACACACACACACAUAUGCACACACACACACGCAUACACACACACACACACAUGUAUAUGCACAUGCAUACAUACUCCGUUAUGCAUGCUCUCAUUCUCACUCUAUCGGUUCUUUCGCUCUUUCGCUUUCUCGCUCUGUCGUUCUUUUCGUCGAGUGCUCUCUUUGUUAGCUCCACUCUGCUCACUGGUCUCCUCUGUGUACAUAAUGCACACCAGCCUCGCUACCGAUCUUAGAACAGUGGUCAACGCGUACACGAUCCUAAUCGGCAAACGGUGAAAUUCGAAGGAACCUUUGAAGGAACUGCGAGUAAUAAAAUAAUUUGUAUAUCGUUGGGAUUUGCAGCGGUUAAACAAGUGUUGGCUGUGUUGUAAAUUCCCGUUUAUGUCACUUGUUCUGUGAAAGUACAAGCAAUCGUGAUAGCCAACGAGUUUCUAACCUCGACUGUAGUAUUGCGAGUAUACAAGUGUGACACGAAAAAAGUAACGCGCGAAGCAACGUUCGAUUCGAGAUUCGAGCUUCGAAGAGUUGUCGAAGUUUCGAGAACGAUCCGAUCGAAGAUUCGUCCAGCGAAGGAGUUUGGCUUCGCGCGGUACCGUCAUCAAGAAACGGGAGAGGGAUGAAGAGUAGGAAAUCCGAUGAUGAAAUUCGUGGAGAAAUGGCGAAACAUCGACGACACAUCAACGAAUACGGUGAGCGUACUGAUUCGGUGAUUUCGCGAUCCGUGUUUGAUCGAUUUAGCGGGUCGGCAGACACUAACGGUUAGCGAGCGAUUGGAAACGAUUCGCGGUCCGUUGAUCGAAUAGAAUGAAGGAAUGUUUGGAGAAUAGUUUUGGAGGGAAGGUGACAAAAACGAGAAUGGAGAGGAAAACAAAAAAAAAAAAAAAAAAAAAAAGAAAAAGAAAAGAACAAAGCGAGACUGCACGAGUUUCGAGAGCGUCGGAAAGAAUCGGUUAACAACGGGCCGCGGUGGUCCGCGAGUCACUGGAAACCUGGGGCCGAUCGUGGGGGAUGUAUAUACGUUGGAUAUCAGAGUGAUAAUUCUAUUACUGGUGACGAUAACGCGAUGUACGCGUUAAUAACUGUCGUCGUUGCGUUUGCGUUUGCGAAUCGGCCUACGAGAUUUUCGUGAACGGCCAUAGAUUCGAUACGACGCGACGCGACGCCAGGACGCCGGGACUAUUCCUCGUCCGUGCUAUUCUCUUGUUUUUCUUUUCUUUUCCGCCUAUAAAUUUCGAAAUAUUUUCGAUAUAGUUCGAUAAUUGACGCUCGACGAGCCGCGUAUCAGAUAUACCGAUAUCGUAUAUCCUAAACAAGACGACGUAACCCUACCAAGAUUUUUUCGUGGAAUUUUGAAAAUUUGUCCAAUGUAUUUAGGUAUAAUCAUUCAGGUCGAACGAACCCGAGUAAAGUAGGAAGAAAAAGGGAACGAGGUACGGUUAAGUUCGUAACGCGGUAUUAUUUGCACGUUCGACCAUGUUUUUAAAGCUGGUCUAAAUAUCGGCAAAUUUUUUAUUUUCCUUCCGUUUUUAUGGAAACGGAGUUUUUCAGCAAACUUUUUCUAUUUUUAAUCGACGUCGGCUCUUGGACGGAUGCGAUACGACGUUCAGAGAUACGAGAUACGAGAUACGUGGCAAACAUCGUAUUAAAGUCGCAGUAGCAAUUGAAAUUGGUUGGUAAAGACGAGGAUCGUCGUCGAGAGAUGGAAUUUUUCGAGCGUAAAAGCUGUGAACGCAAAGUUCCAAUGUUAGUUUACAGGGUCCAAGUCCAAUCCUGUUAUCACAGUUUUUCUACCAUACGAUGGACGUGUUGCGUCGUCAUGGGUCAAUGUACGCAACAAUAGCGCGAUAUUAGCGUACUAGCGUUGAAAGUUACCCGUUAAAUCAAUUCGUUGCCGUGCAGUUUGCUCGUGUAUAUAGGCGUUUUCAUAAAUUCAAAAAAAAAAAAAAAAAAAAAAAAAAAAAAAUUCCAAUAGCCCUUCGUGCUCGAUAAACGAUCCGCGGAAAGAAUCAGUUUAGAAGGGACUACCGCGUGUCGCGAUAUCUCGAUAACCGAUACGUUAUUCGUAGAUUAUCGGUGCUGUUUAGCCGGUAUCGGCACGCAACAGGUAACGACGAGAGAAGAAAGAGGAGGAGGAGAAAAAGGAGGAGGAUGCGCUGUAUCAUGGAUGUUCGAAAAUGGCCGCUACGAUGAAACGCUGCGAAUGGUUAGUCGCUAACGCGGUUGAAAAGAAUUCCUUUCUCUCGGCUCGCUCCGCCUUAAUUCCACCCGUUGUUCGAUCAAAUCGCUCGUAGUAGCCCUUCGAAAACGGCGGAGCGAUCCUUUGAAACGAAUCGAAGAAUCGAGUUCGGUGCGCGGAUCUCGUUUCUUGGAUUUUCGUUGCUUCGAUCGACACGUCGGUAUCCGUUUUUAGUUCUCAGCUUUCAACGAUAGGUGGUUAUAAUUUGGCGAAUACGCGAGAGGACGCUGCAUAAAGACGGUCCUGUUGUCGAUGCAACAACAUGGCGCGAAUUGCGUAAUACGCAAAACCGAACAACGAUAACAAGAUUUGGUGGAGAAGCAUCUCUUCGAAUCUUACGAUUCGUUUCUUAUUCCAUUCGAUAUGACCUGGCGCGAUUAUCUCGCUUAGUUUUGUAUGCAGGGACCGUCAGAAAUUCGAUAGACGUACGAGAUAGACAUAUAGGUUCGGUGUGGCGAGUUUUCGUUCUGGUAUCGCGAUUAGAUCGAUCUCGUAUCGAGAUUCGUUGUCGUUAAACACAACCUUCCUCUUCUGCCAUUCAAGAGUCGGCCAAGUAGCGAUUACAUAUCCCAUACACCGCGUACCCUAUACCCCAUACCACGUAUCCUAUAGCUAGCGCAUACCGCAUACCGUGUUAUUUACGAUCCGUUUGGUUGCCUAUUGUUUUCGAGUUUCUCGAAACGGUUCGCUCGGUUAGAAAUCGUAACUCGCGAACGAUCGCGAAAUAUUCCGAGCUACGUUGCUCGAGUUGCUCGCUUAAACUCGCUACGUAUACGUAUAUGUACUUACUUACUUACUUACGUUUACUGCUUAUUCGCUAUUCGCCGCUUCCAUCGGUAUCGAACAGUCCAAUUUAAAUAGAUUCGCUCGUUUAUUUUUCAUCGCGUAUUUUUCACCAAGCGUACCGUUACGUUCGCGAGCUGAUUUUUACGUGCAUACGUAGCGUGUUCAAGGUUACUUGGACUGCCAUUAGUCGAAAGAAUAAACUAACGCGCGUAUAUACGUAUGCUUGCAACGAUUACGAAGGCCGAAACAUUAGAAGGCUAGCAGGCUAAAAAACGGACAUACGUUUUAUUUACUUUAAUAUCCGUCGCCGGCGACGUCAUUCUUCGUAAUAGACUUUGAUACUAUAUAUCUGCAAAUCGGAAAUAUAGUUUUUCCUCUAACGAUAAGACGGAAAAACGAGCGAGUGUGCUCGUCUUUCUCUGUUCGAGUAGCUCGUUCUCUGCUCGUCUUUCUUCUCUCUCGUCGUAAAAAAUUAAAAGAACGUGGUAAAUCGGUGUCCACGCGGAAGGUCAUAACGAUCGAUCGAUCGAUCGAUCGAUCGUAAACCAAAAGAUAUUGCGGAUAUCGGAGUAGCAUCUGAUUUUGUUCCCUCAAGGCGUCUUAGAAACAGUAAUUUCUUUCACGUUAAUCAACAUGGCGCAACUUAUGCUUACGUUAAUCGUAUCCAUCGCGUGCUAAAUCGCGUCAAGUCCUCUCGUUCCAGGAUGCGUCUGUUCGUACAAACCUUAGUCUCUUUAUUUUGUUCGUUUUAAUUUAUUUCAUGCUUGUAUCUACAUCUUUAACUUAUAUAUGUAUAUCCAUACGUUAACGUUAACACUCCUCUUACUUUUGUUAUUUUCUACGCCAAAGGCUACACUUUACUUCCAGUUCAAACAAAUAAAUAAAGAUAAAACGAAAUAAACUUUCGCGUCCGCUAAUUUCGAUGCGACACGAUAUCCGAUGCGCGCGUUGUCUUCUAUCUCGACUGCGUGCUAGGUGGAAUAAUGGUUGUUCCAUCGAGCAGCAUGUGUAUUAGCUACGACGUACCUACGAGUUAUCUCGCGGCACAUUGUUCUUCAACGAAGAAACGUUUGGCAUCGUUGUAUCGGUCCGCCCACUCUCUCGAAUUUUGCCUAUUCCAGAUUCAAAUCCGUGAUCGGGUUUCGAAGCGAUUGAACGGUACGCGAUCAUCGCGAAUCAAUAUUUAGAUAAAGAGCGUUUGCUUUGCGAACGUCCUUUUCGCGUUAGUCUACGUCGUUAGCCGUCUACGUCGAACGUUUCUCUUGUUUUUAAUUGCAGACUCUGCUCUGUCUCUCCGGUCUGCUUGCCCCUCGCUCUCCUUUGUUCCGUUUCGCAUCGUCGCGACGAUAAUUUCCAUCGAAUGCAUCAAUUCGACGUAGCGAACCAUUUUUCGCUUUGCUCUGUGACAAGAAGUAAAAAUGAAAAAAAAAAAAAAAAAAAGAAA